AUGCCCUCGUGGGUCAACGGCGCUCGUCUCGGAGAAGGCGGAGUCGAACUCGCCACUAACGACGAUGUCGCGUUCAUUCCAAACAUUGGCCUCCCAUACAGACUGGCCGAUCAUCGCAAGAACUGGGCCAUUUGGUUCAGCUGCUACUGCUUCGACGGCUGUGUGCUCCCCAUUAUCUUGUUCUAUGCGCUUUGGUAUAGAUCUACCUUGACCCAUUGGGGAAUCUUUACGCUUAUUACCUCUUUGUCCUUCUGGACCUCAUACCACAAAUGGUUCUCCCGGGGAUAUCGACUGUUGAUCAAGCGCGAUCCCAAAUGUAGACCGAUCAAUGGCGGCCGCUGGUGGUUUGACUGCUCAUACUAUGUCUUGUCGGUGGCGCUUUUAAUCGUCAUCGUCGAACUUGUCGCUGCGACUGCGACCAGAAACGUCAAGGUCAAAGUCAUCUCGAUGGCACCGCCCUCAGUCCUGUACACCAUCGGAGGCUACAUGCUGCUGCAGAACACGGUUCACUGCCUGGGCGUCCGCACGCCUAUCACUCUUUCAUCAUUCAAGCGAGGCUCUCUCACACCUCCCCCCUUGUUCACUGUGAUGGAGGACGUCUUCGCCGUGGACGGCUGUCACUCGGGCUUACCUGCCCGACACGCGAUGCUCGCCACGUACAAUGCCAGUGCGAGAUUCCGCAGCACUCUGAUGUGGUGGUCGUGGGGUUGGUGUGUUGCCUGUCUGACUGUUGCAGCUGGCUUGUCUAUCGUAGUAGGACUUACAGAAGGAACAACCGGCUUCGGUAUUGCUUACGGUGUUUCUUUCCCAUUCAUCGUGUUCAUGUCAGUGGUCACGGCUUUCUGGAUGGAGGCCGAAGACGCCCGGGGUGCAUUCUCGGCAUCUGUAGGCCAGGAGAAGGCCUUGCGGAGUGUUUCUGUCAGAAAUGGCCGUCCGGUAUGA